UUUCAUCUGUUAUCGCGAGAUUACGCGAGAGUUAGAUGCUCUACAAGAAAACAUGGCUGACGAGUCCUAGAAAAAGGAUAGACACCGGUAAAUUCUGAAAAAUAGGAGGGUUAACCUUGAGUCGACAGGCUAAUUGGUCGAUGUCGCAGCUGCAGGGCGGUAGGUUGUAACUCUGGGCCCCAUAUUUCGCGUACGAACGGCCAGUAAACAAUCGCAAAUGGAGACUGAAAACACCACCUCCGAAGUUUCCGAACUGGAGUCGACUUUCUCCGUAGAGAAGCAGAAACGCAUCUUCAAAAUCAUCGUUAUCGGAGACUCUAACGUCGGUAAGACUUGCCUGACAUUCAGAUUCUGUGGCGGCAAGUUUCCGGACAAAACAGAGGCCACGAUCGGGGUGGACUUUCGAGAGAGGACACUGGAAAUCGAUACAGAAACGAUAAAGCUGCAGCUGUGGGACACUGCAGGUCAGGAGCGCUUCAGGAAGAGCAUGGUGCAGCACUACUACCGGAACGUGCACGCCGUGGUGUUCGUGUACGACAUGACCAAGCUGGCGUCCUUCGAGAACAUGCCCGCGUGGAUCGACGAGUGCGACCGCCACUCGCUGUCCGCCGACGUCCCCCGCAUCCUGGUGGGGAACAAGUGCGACGAGAAGGACAAGAUACAGGUCAGCACGAACUUGGCGCAGAAGUUCGCCGACAUGCACUGCAUGCCGCUCUUCGAAACCUCCGCCAAGGACGACUCGGAGGCGGACAAUGUGGAGGCCAUUUUCAUGACUCUGGCGCACAAGUUGAAGGCCCACAAACAGAUGAUGAACAAAGCCUUACCGCGGUACAAUUCCACAGACAUGAAAAGAGCCAAAGUCAUCUCCAUUGGUAGGGAGAAGAGUGCAUCCAGUAGUGACUGUGCCUGUUGAUUGACAGGGCUUCUGUUGUUGGUAACCGUCUUUAUCCGGAGACAGGAUUCUGCACGCAGAGUUCUACAGACUGGAGCUCUACACACAGUGGAUAUCCCAGAACAUCACCACUAUGAACCAAUAACUGUUAAUUUGUAAGGCUUUGGGAAACUGGGAGCAGAGCCAGAGUGCAGUAGCCCAGGGCCAUGAUUGGGAAAUUUCAGCAGCAAAGCCAGUAGCUCAUGUACAGAGACUAUAGAAUAUAGGGAAGCAAAGACUGACUGGUCUGUGUGUGGGGAGUGGGGUGUAGGGCUGUGUACCGAAAUACCUGUACCUGUAAAAUUAUGUUGAUACAGGUCUGGAUCUUAACAUCUGGUUUACCUGUACCUGAACAAAAUAAAACACUAGUGGACAACAUUUUUUUACUCCAAAGAUAGAUAAAUUGCAUCUAAAAAGAUAUUUAGAACUUGAAAUUAGGAAACACUCUUGUUUUCAGAUAAAAAUAAAUAACUGUAAACCCUCAUACAAAGUCAACAAUUAACCACUAAAGAAGACAGUUGGCUACAUGUAUAUUUACAAAAUGAAUUUCUAAGUUUUACUUAGGUACAGAUUUGCAGGUACAUAGCUUUAGGGGAAGUGUUCUAUGUACUGUAUGUGGCAGGCCCAUGAGUAAAAACAUCCUUUUGUUUUUUGUCAUCUACAAACUAACUAGUGCUGCUGCCUCAUGUCUGAAAGUGUUACCUGUGCGAUAGCUAACUGUAGACUUGUCCAGGUUUAAGUACUAAAAUUUAGUAAAAAUAGUGCCAGAUGAAUUAUUAGUCCACUGGUUGCAGUUGCUGACAAAUCAUGCUGUUAUAAAAUUAAUUCUGCUGCUGGGGUCUGUAAGUAUGGGCCAGUCAAGUUUGGGUUUGAUCUUGCAGUUUGUAACUUACAUUAAAUAAUAUAAGUACUGUAUGUAGAGGAAAAAAAAUGUUUUAAGUCACUUAUGUUGUAUAUUUAUAUAUCCACAAAAGAUGCUAUGUGUAUUAGCUAGUAGUCAUUAUGUGUAGGAAGUGAACUAUGUCUUAUGGUAUUGAAGUUGACACUUGCACAUACAGAUUUGGGUUAUGGGCACUUUUGUCCAGUCACAAAAAUACAAAUAAGUUUUUUGGUGCGAAACUCAUUUGUAAUAUGAAUACAUUUGAAAUGAGUCAGCCUAUCCACGUGUGCGCAAGAAUGGACUGCUGCUCAAUAGUGCUGCCACACUCAUUUGUAUUUUUGUGACUGGACAAAUACACCCCUAACCCAGAUGUAGAAGUAACUUGAUUAAUAAUCAUGUUUCCUGCUGGUUUCAUCUGUAUUGUACUGUCACAUAGUACAGGCUAGACCUCACCAAGAUGCCAUCACACGUCCUGUUUAGGCUAGUCUUGAGUUUUAAAUCAAGUGCACUUACACAUCUGCUGUGUGAGACGCAACUGCAUUAGCCAAUCAGUGUUGAAAUUGCCAUGCAUAGGCAAGUAGCUGCCAUCAACAAAAAAAACAAAACUUGGAGUUUUGGUAUACCCAGUGAAAUGUUUGCUGUUGGAGAGCUUUGUUAGAUUUAUAUGUAAAAAUUCAUGAGUGUUCUCAUGUACGUGUACUAAAAUUGUUACUGAUGCUCUUAAUGUAGGGGUGCUAA